GUCGCGCGUCGCGCCGGGACUGACGACGACAAACACCGACAUCGGCGGUGGGGCUGCGGAAAAGGGGGCAGGGCCCGCUGCGGGCGGCUCAGCCUGGUGUUUCCGCAGUGACGCCGCCUAGCUGAGUUCCCCUUCCUCUUUCCUCCGGUGGGUCUGGCGCGAAGGUUAUAUUUGACUUUCAGUUGACAGGAUGACAGGAAUGGAGACUGAAACUGCGAGAGACCAAGCCAUGGAAGAAGAAAGCACUGAGCAGAAAAAGGAGAGAGAGAAAAAGAAGAGGUCAAGGGUUAAACAGGUGCUAGCUGAUAUAGCAAAACAAGUGGACUUCUGGUUUGGUGAUGUUAAUCUCCACAAAGAUAAAUUUCUCCGAGAACAAAUUGAAAAGUCCAGAGAUGGGUAUGUCGACAUAUCCCUGCUUGUUUCUUUCAACAAAAUGAAAAAAUUGACUACUGAUGGAAAAUUGAUAGCUCGAGCAGUUAAAAGUUCAUCUGUGGUAGAGCUGGAUUUAGAAGGGACUAGAAUCCGAAGACGCCGGCCACUAGGCGAGCAACCAAAGGAUGUGGAUAGUCGAACAGUCUAUGUGGAGCUGCUGCCAAAAAAUGUCAAUCACAGCUGGAUUGAGCGGGUGUUUGGGAAGUGUGGUAAUGUAGUUUACAUCAGCAUGCCCCGGUACAGAAGCACUGGUGAUCCAAAGGGGUUUGCUUUUGUUGAGUUUGAAACUAAAGAGCAAGCAGAGAAAGCUAUUGAGUUUUUAAAUAAUCCACCAGAAGAAGCACCACGGAAACCUGGGAUUUUCCCCAAAACAAUAAAGAAUAAGCCUAUUCCUACACUCAAUACAAGUGACAGCACUGUGGUAGAGGAAAAUGUCUCUUCUGAAAACCAAGUGAAGGAUGACAUAAAACCUGCAUUUGCUAAGGGAGAAGGGAAGACGUCUAGCUUGUCAUCUGAGAAAGAGAAGAAAAAGAAGAAAAAAAAGAAAUCCAAAAUUAAGAAAGAGAGCCACGGACAGGCAGCUGCAGAGACAAAGGAAUCAAACACAAACACUACAAUAGAGCAAGUACCCAAGUCAAAACGACACAGGACUUUGUCAGAAUGUUCAGAAAUGGAGGGGACUGAGACUCACAGGCAGCCCUCGAGGAAAGAAAAAAGAAAAUGGGACAGAACGGAGAGCUCAGAGGCACCUUGGGAAAGCAGGCCUGGGAAGAGAAAAAGAACCAGCUCUGGAGAUGGUGAGGCAUCAACUCCCAAAGUCAAGAAAACUGUUCCAAAGCAUGAAGUUCAGCCUGUAGAAGAGGAAACCACGGAAGCUCCAAAGGAAUCCAAUGACAUUUCUGCAGAAGAGGACAAAGAUAAAAAAGACACAUCCCUUUCAAAAUCUAAAAGGAAACACAAGAAAAAGCACAAAGAAAGGCACAAAAUGGGUGAAGAAGUCAUUCCUCUCAGAGUACUCUCCAAGACCGAAUGGAUGGAUUUGAAGCAAGAAUAUUUGUCCCUUCAAAAAGCCAGCAUGGCCUCCUUAAAGAAAGCAAUGUCACAAAUCAAAACUGAGUCUGUGGCAGAGAUGGACACUGAGUCUGCCACCAGUGAGGACUGUGCCCACCCUGCCAAGGCCAACACAAUGGGGCCCCGCUUUGUGAGUGGAGUGAUUGUGAAGAUCAUUAGCACUGAGCCCCUGCCGGGCAGGAAGCAGAUCAAGAAUGCUUUAGCAGUGCUGGCUGAUGCUGCCUAUGUGGAUAUGCUGGAGGGAGACACAGAAUGUCACGUCCGUUUUAGAACUCCAGAGGAUGCACAGACUGUUGUGAGAUCACACAAAGAAAUACAGGUCAAAAACAACUGGAAAUUCGAAGUUCUCACUGGUGAUCAUGAACAGCGUUACUGGCAGAAGAUUUUAGUGGACAGACAAGCUAAACUUAACCAGCCUCGAGAAAAGAAGAGGGGCACUGAGAAGUUGAUUGCCAAAGCUGAAAGAAUAAGACUUGAAAAGACCCAGCGAACAAGUAAACAUAUUUACUUCACUGAAGAAAUAUAACCAAGACUUGAUUGUGAUCUUCCAAGUGAACUAGAUACUGAAAAGAGAAAAACACAAAAGGAAAACAAGCCCCACAGCCACCACUGCUUACAGCAAUCUAAACCAUUUCUAAGGAGGCAUCACAAUCAGUUUGAUUCAUAAUUCUGCAGACUGCAGGUAUGAAGAUUGUUCUGAGUCCCAUUUUAAAUAGGCUGAAUGUUUACUGCUUCUGAGCCUCUAGGUAAAGCUUUCUGGGAAAACAAAGUGUAAAAAGAGGUUUGGGUUUAGUUUGCUUCUGGUUUUUUGUUUGUUGAUUUUGAUGUGGUUUUUUCUUUUCUUUAUUUUUUUUUUUUGUAUGUUGAAGUUUUCUACACUAGGUUGUGAAAUAAAAUGAUUGAGAAAUUUUCA